CUUGAGACGUAAAUUAUUUUUGAGAAGAAUUGUAACGUGCUUGCUCCGAGGAAACAGUUGCUUGUCGUGUCUAGUUGAGUACGAGCAGAGAGGCGAUGCUGUAAGCAAGAAGAAUUUGCUGAAAGGAGUAGGAGUUGAGGACGUCCUAUGCAUCUAGCUAGUACUGGUGUGGUGUGAUCUCAAAUUGAAUGGACAUCAUAGAUCCCGAUACAAGUAGAAGUCGGAAUAUUCGCUUUUACGGUAGGAGUAGAAUCUUCUAGUUCUUUGAUACCUUCAUCAACAUGCCGCCUGCCUGUGAAAAGGAGGCCGAUGCCCUCAUCCGGUGCGCGCAGAGACCAAGUAAUACGUUUCCUUGCUACCUACUGUUUGGGCUUGCGUAACUGUUCUAAGGAUUGUGUGUCCUGUCUGUCAUUGCGUCGAGCAGAAGUUAAGUUCAAGAAGACACAUAAUUUUUUACAAUCUGCACUUUCAUCCAGCAGACACCAGAUUAUGUACUACCAGUAACUACUUACUUGACUUCUCAAUUAUAGGCUUUGUGUAUGUUUAUUUCCUAUUCACACCUCAUGAAAAAACAGCAUCGGAUGGAUGUGCUGCUGCCUUCGUCGCGAUGCGAGAGUGCAAUCGUGGUUCAGUAGAAAUGAAAUUUGGAUCAUCAUCAAUGGAAAUGCUAUCGUCUGCGUUGUAUGAUGUCGCGUCUGCACCAAGACCACCGGCGAGAAGCUCUGGCAACCUAGCAGCAGCAGCUGACGCUUAUGCAAAAAAAUUGCAAAUUACAGAAGGCGCAGCGGGAGUGCGAUUUUGAAAGAGCUUUAUCGCACGGCUGUUUUCCUCGCUGAAUAGUACUACAACAACAGAAUCAAAGCAGAAGCAUGGUUGACAUAGUCUUGUUCUUGGACGAGGCUCUUUUGGCGGAAUCGGAAUGUGUGAUUUCCAAAAUUUUUUGUGACUUCAAGGCCAUUAUCUUCCCUCACUGGCACCACCGAUUUUCUUGCUGAUGUUGUCUUCAGCUGCCGUGGACCUGUAGCUUGUGUGUUUUGACCAGGUGUGCAAGAAGAGCGGAUGAAAUCAAAAUCUGGUUUUGGCC